CUCCUGGCCGCCCGCGCGCGGCUGCUGCGCGGCCCCGCGGCAUUACGCUGCGUCUCUGCAGUCGCUCGCUCUGUUGGCAACAACGCGGCGAUCGUUUCCGCGCCUUGCGCGCGCUUCGAGACGACGAAAUCGCGUCUGUUUUCCACGAUUGACGGUCCUAAAGACGAGGAUGAAGACAAGCAGGACCUGGACCUGGGCCUGACUGACGAGCAGGAGCAGCCAAUCGACGACGGUCUCAGCCCGCUUGAGCGUCUGAUGCAGCACUCGCAGCAGUUCCGCAUUGAUCUGGAUCUGGAGGACGACGAAGACGCAGCUAAAGCAGGACACGGACAGGAUGAUAGCGGCGAUGAUAAAUCCCAGGACGAUCAGGACGACGAGGUUUUCGCCAGUACCAGGCAGGACGAGGCCCCCAGCAGCAAGAAGAAGACUAGUAGCAAUGAUACUGGCAGCACUCGCCCGUCCUUCAAGCGCAACACGUUCCGUCGCCGCGGCUCCUCGGACCGCCAGUCGCAGCUGGGCAAGAUGGCGGUGAACCGCCUGCUGCAGAAGGACAUGGACGAGCUCAACUACGACGCCGAGCUCGAGGGCGUGUGGGGCGAGCAGGAGCUCAAGCAGCGCAAGUUCCACCAGCAUUUGCGUCGCGAGCAGGACAGAGACCAUGUCUGUCAGAACUGCGGCGAGCGCGGCCACCGC